AGAUCAACUAACCAUCCCCAAUUGCACACCAUUCACACCCUUUUCCUUCUGCAUCAGGACAGUAAUGACGUUUUGCUGCUUGUUGCAGGCAAAUCCUUUCGAAAUUUCGAUCCCUCCAUGACCUUAUACUGUGCUCCUAAAAAGAACGACAAGUAAUCGACCGAGCACUUGUGCAAUAUGCCUUCGUUUAACUCCAACGGAGUCGCCAACGGCCACUUUGGCCAGUUACGACACAUUCCCAUUUCCUACGAUAACGACAACUCCAAUGCCUCAGCUCGUGCACUCAUUCUCGCCCUACUUCCAGAAUGGUCGAGCCCCGACUCCAAUAUCGAAUUCGUACCAUUCAAGGAUGGUAUAACCAACACAUUAUUAAAAGCCAUUAAUAGGAAGGAAGGACUAUCUCAAGACGAAGUGGAUAAGGAGGCGGUUCUACUACGAGCAUAUGGACACGGAACCGAUGUGCUCAUAGACAGGCACCGCGAGACCCAAAAUCACGAGCUGCUGAUGAAAUGUGGCUUGGCUCCCGAAUUACUCGCUCGCUUCGAUAAUGGCAUGAUAUAUCGUUAUAUCCGAGGCACGCCCACUCAACCUGCCGACUUGAGGAUGCCGCCUAUAUAUUUAGCUGUUGCGAGGCGGUUAGCACAGUGGCACGCUACCGUACCCUGCAUAUAUGAGACGCAUGCGCAGAAAAACGGGGUAAAUGGGACCAGCAACGGUCAUCACGAAGUGGAAAUUGAGCAUGCCGCACCAGGGAAACCCUCGCCCAACGUAUGGACGGUUAUGCAGAAGUGGAUUUUUGCCCUCCCUACCAAGACAGAGGCUCAGCGCACGAGACAGGCGAGCCUCCAGCAGGAGCUAACUAAGCUAGUUGACGAGCUGAGCCAACGACCUGGACUGGGUGAUAAUGGCCUCGUCUUCGCGCACUGCGAUCUCCUGAGUGGAAAUGUGAUCAUUGAGCCUCAAGAAUUAAGCAGCACUAAAAAGGAGGGCGGUCUGCAGAAGGUAGUCAGUUUUAUAGACUAUGAAUAUGCCACUCCUUCGCCUGCAGCGUUCGACUUGGCUAACCACUUUGCGGAAUGGGGUGGGUUUGACUGCGACUUUACUGUGUUGCCAACUCGAGCACAACGGCUAGAGUUUAUACGGGAAUAUAUUCACACUUACUUCAGUAUAUUACCUAACAAGCCUGAUAACAUAGACGAGGAAGCAGAAGCACAGAAACUAUUUGCUGAAGUAGAUAUAUUCCGUGGUGUGCCCGGACUUUACUGGGGAAUCUGGGCCUUGAUCCAGGCCACCAUUUCGCACAUCGAUUUUGACUACGCGGAAUAUGCCGAGAUUAGGUUAGGAGAGUACUGGGGGUGGAGAGAGGCUAGUAAAUGCGACGGCGAAUUAACAGGAAAGGAGUUGUCGGUACGGGAAAAAAGGUGGGCGCAGUUGGAAUAGAUCUUCUGGCGUUUUUAGGGGUAAGAUGUGAUGGGGGUCUUAACCGCAUUUUAAUAGAUACCAUUAUGAUAAAGGGCACGUUUGAGGAAACUUGGCCUACGCGGGGAUUAUAGCUACGAUCGUAUAAUACUUGAGGCUAGACGGGGGAGCUGGGGGCAUUUAGAAUAGUCUUGGACUUAAACUAAAGCAGCAUCAAUGUGUUUUCCAUCCUGAGAAA